AUGAAGAAAUCAGAGAGACUUAUUUGUUUUGUUCUUCUGCUCUGUCUUCUUGAAGCAAUCCAUGCACAAACUGAAGCAGAAGCUCUGCUAAACUGGAAAAUCAGUUUAAGCUCUUCUUCUUUAACAUCAUGGACUCUCACUAGCAGCAGAAGCAGCCCUUGCAACUGGACUGGAAUUCAGUGCAAUGAAGCUGGCAGCAUUGUUGAAAUAAAUUUGGUGGAUUCAGGCCUUGAUGGAACACUCAACAGGUUUGACUUCUCUGCCUUUCCUAAUCUCUCUUCCCUCAAUCUCAAUUACAACAAUCUUGUGGGAGAAAUCCCAGUUGGGAUUGGGAAUGCAACAAAGCUCACUUUACUUGAUCUGGGAAGUAAUAACUUCACAAACCCGAUUCCCCCGGAGAUCGGGAACCUCUCAGAACUCCAAGUUCUUCUUCUCUACAACAAUUCACUCACAGGUCAAAUCCCAUAUCAGCUUAGCAACCUACAAAAAGUUUGGAAUCUCAGUUUAGGAGCAAACUAUUUAGAGAAUCCUGAUAAUGUUCAGUUUAAGGGGAUGGCAUCUUUAACAGACCUUUGGCUCUACUAUAACAAUUUGGUGGAGGUUCCCUCAUUUGUCUCAGAAUGUCCAAAGCUAAUAUCUCUAGAUUUGUCCUUCAAUCUGAUCACAGGUCAGGUUCCAGUGCAACUACUGACAGGUCUUAAGAACCUUGAGUACCUAAACCUGACCUGGAAUUCAUUUGAGGGACAAAUUCCUGCAGGUAUUAAGAAUUUUUCUAAACUUCGACACCUGAGGUUGGGAAUAAACAUGAUCAAUGGUACUAUACCAGACGAAAUUGGGUUCUUGUCGAACCUCGAAUUGCUUGAACUGCAAGAAAAUUUGUUCCAGGGACCAAUACCAUCCUCAAUAGGAAAUUUGCAGAUGCUUCAGAAUUUGAAUCUUCAUAGUGCAGGCCUGAAUUCCAGCAUCCCGAAAGAACUUAGUUCCUGUGUGAACCUUACUUUUCUUGAUCUAUCAAAAAACAACCUUACUGGUUCUUUGCCUCUUUCCAUGGCCUUCUUAACAAGGAUCGAACAGCUGGCAAUUUCAGAUAAUCAGUUAUCUGGUGAACUCCAUUCAUCCCUUUUAUCGAAUUGGACAGAACUCAUUUCGUUGCUACUCCCAAAUAACAAACUGUCUGGAGUCAUUCCUCAUGAAAUUGGUUUACUCCAAAAGCUCAAUUAUCUCUAUCUUUAUGAAAACCAGUUUUCAGGUCCCUUGCCUCCAGAACUAGGAAAUUUGUCGAAUUUGUUAGAGCUUCAAAUGUCCACCAAUUCUUUCACCGGUACCAUCCCUUCAACCAUUGGAAAUUUAUCUAAGCUUGUCAAAUUAGGCCUUUAUGAAAACCAGCUCAGUGGAAACCUUCCUCCUGAAAUAGGAAGGAUGGAAAACUUAAAAGAACUGGACUUCAGCUUCAACAAGUUGCAGGGAUCUUUGCCUUCAUCAAUAACCAGCUUGCAAAAGAUUACCAUAUUCUAUGUUACAUCUAACAACUUGUCAGGAAGCAUUCCUGAAGAUUUUGGUCCCACUCUUUUGAGAAAUGUGAGUUUCUCCAGAAACAAUUUCUCUGGAAAGCUUCCUCCUGGAAUUUGUAAUGGAGGGAACCUUGUUUACAUAGCAGCCAAUUAUAACAAACUAGUGGGACCUAUUCCAGGAAGUCUUAGGAACUGUACAGGAUUGAACCGAGUCCGGCUGGAGCAGAACCUUCUCAGUGGAAAUGUCACAGAUGCAUUUGGCGUAUACCCGAAUCUGGAAUUUAUUGGCUUGGGAUAUAACCAACUCUAUGGUGUUUUGUCAUCCAACUGGGAAAAAUGUACAAAUCUCUCAGACUUCCAGAUACCUUCCAACAUGAUAUCAGGUAACAUCCCACCAGGGCUGGGAAAACUGCCAAAUAUGCAAAAUCUCGACCUUUCUGAUAAUCAACUUACUGGGAGAAUCCCCGUGGAGCUAUUCGGUCCCUCUUCGCUUCUACUCAAAAUUAAUAUGAGCAACAAUCAGCUUUCAGAUGGGAUACCAGCAAAAAUUGGAGCAUUGGUAAAGCUGCAGUACUUGGAUUUUUCAGCAAACAAUUUAAGUGGGCCAAUACCAGAAGAACUUGGGAACUGCCAGGAACUUUUAUACUUGCAGCUGAGUAGAAAUAGACUAAAUGGCACAAUGCCAUUUCAGCUAGGAAAUCUUUUGGCGUUGCAGUAUCUCCUAGACCUCAGUCAAAAUUCAAUCACAGGAAAGAUAACCCCACAACUUGGGAAUUUAAGAAAAUUAGAAAUCUUGAAUCUUUCUCACAAUCAUCUCUCUGGUUCAAUACCUAAUGGUCUUCAGUAUCUACAAAGUCUGCAAGAUGUUGACGUGUCAUAUAAUAAUCUUGAAGGUCCUCUCCCCGAGAAUCAGGCAUUUCGAAAAGCUCCAGCAAAGUCAGUGGCAGGCAACCCUGGUCUGUGUGGAGAGAAGAGACAAGGACUGAGCCCCUGCAAUGCAGACUCUUCAACCAAAAACCAAGACAAAAACAACAGAAGGAAAUUGAUUAUUGCCAUAGCUACGUCAGUGGCUGCUUUAACCCUUCUAUUAACUUUGGUUGGGGUUUACAUUAUGUUGUGUCGUCGAUCAAGGGCUAAUCAACAUAAAAAGGACAAUAAUAUAGAAGGAAGAUCCACAUUUUCUGUAUGGAAUUACAUGAAGAGAGUUGAUUUUAAAGACAUAGUUGCUGUUACAGAGAAUUUCAAUGACAAUUAUUGCAUAGGAAGGGGUGGACAAGGAAGCGUGUACAAAGCAAUGCUGCCUACAGGUGACAUCUUUGCUGUGAAGCGUUUUCAACCAUUUGAUGAAAGUGAAAAUCCCAAGGAAAACCAGACGAAGAACUUCAUGGCUGAAAUGCAUGCACUCACUGAAAUCCGACACCGAAAUAUUAUCAAACUGUAUGGAUUCAGCUCCUACAAUGGCUCCAUGUAUUUCGUGUACGAGUAUGUAGAAAGGGGUAGCUUGAACAAGGUAAUUCAGGAGGAGGAGGGACAGAUUUCGAACUGGGAAAUCCGGUUAAAGAUUAUCAGAGGAGUGGCACAUGCACUUUCUUACCUGCACCACGACUGUUCCCCAAGAAUCGUGCACCGAGACAUAACAGGAAAUAACAUACUAUUAGACAUAGACUUGGAGCCCAAGAUAUCGGAUUUUGGAACAGCAAGGUUGCUGGGAGAGAAUGAGUCUAACUGGACAGUUCCUGUUGGCUCAUACGGUUACAUGGCACCAGAGCUUGCUUCUACAAUGAAGGUGACAGAGAAGUGUGACGUGUACAGUUUUGGCGUAGUUUCUUUAGAGCUACUCAUGGGGAAGCACCCUCAGGAACUCCUCCUAAGUCUGCAAUCUGGAGAAGACAUAGACAUGCUCUUAACUGAUGUCCUUGACAAGAGGCCUGCACCACCUGCUGGUCCAGUUGAACAAAGUCUGGUCUUAGCUACCAGCCUCUCAUUGGCUUGCAUUCAUGAAAAUCCCAUUUCUCGACCCACCAUGCAUCAAGUGGCUGCUCAACUCUCAGCAGCAUCCACACAUAUGUCUCCACCUGCAUCUUUCCAUACGCUCACAUUAAGGAACUUGAUGGAUAUGUUGUAG